GGACUUUUUUUCCUUUUAAUUGGUGUACUACAACCAUUGAUAUUCCACGUCACAAUAUUAGGGGCCUUUCAAAGCCAAACAUCCACAAACGGCUCUGAAACGAGUCCUAACAGCCGACAUACAUAAGACUGCGUCUGGGCUGAGUUUUACUUUGAAAGGCUCAGGCCGGAAGCAUCGUUCGUGUAGCUUGAUGCUAACAGGUGGACGAUGUCGGCGUGUGUCGGGGUGCUGAAGCGCCGUCUCGGGGCUCACUCUCCGGCUGGUUUCGCGUCGCCGUUGCAGCCGCUGAGAUGCCCGGGGGGCGGGCGGUGGGAGUCCAGCACGCGGACAGGUGAAACCCUUCGGCCACUAGAGGGCGUCAGAGUCCUGGACCUGACCAGAGUUCUGGCCGGGCCCUUCGCCUCCAUGAUCCUCGGAGACCUCGGAGCCCAGGUCAUCAAAGUGGAGAGACCAGGUGCGGGUGACGACACCAGAGCCUGGGGUCCUCCAUUUGUGGCGUCAGAGAGCGCCUACUUCCUCAGCGUGAACCGGAACAAGAAGAGCAUCGCCGUGGACCUGAAACAUCCCAGAGGAGCACAGAUCGUCCAGCAGCUCGCAGGAGUGUGUGACGUGCUGCUGGAAAACUACGUGCCGGGGAAACUCCGUCAGAUGGGUUUGGGAUACGAGCAGCUGAGCGGACUCAACCCUCGGCUCGUCUACUGCUCCAUAACAGGCUACGGACAGACCGGUCCUCACGCUCAGAGUCCAGGGUACGACUCCAUCGCCUCGGCAGUGUCAGGGAUGAUGCACAUCACCGGGCCCGAGGGCGGCGACCCGGUGCGUCCGGGAGUCGCCAUGACGGACUUGGCGACGGGGCUGUACGCGCACGGAGCUGUCAUGGCCGCCCUGCUGCAACGGCAGAAGACGGGCAGAGGAGUUCACAUCGACUGCAACCUGCUGUCAUCACAGGUUUCCUGUCUCAGCCAUAUUGCUGCUAACUACCUGAAUGCGGGGAAGGAGGCGAGGCGCUGGGGGACGGCCCACGAGAGCAUCGUACCUUACCAGGGCUUCAAAACCAAAGACGGGCACAUCGUUGUGGCUGCAGGCAAUGAAAAGCAGUUUCUCCGAGUCUGCCAGGUCAUGGAGCUGACGGAGCUGACGGAGGAGCCCAAGUACAAAAGCAACAAGCUGAGAGUCGAGAACCGCAAACAGCUGCUGCACACACUGUCACAGAGGUUCCUGCAGGAGACCACGGCUGAUUGGCUGAAGAAGUUCAAGGGCUCAGGUGUUCCAGUUGGGCCAAUCAACAGCAUUCAAGAAGUGUUCUCCGAGCCACAGGUCCGGCGGUUCGUUUCAGCAGCUUCUCUCCAAGCGGCCCGACACCCCCUCCUCUGAUUGGCCAGCACACCGUAGAGGUGCUGCGAGACGUCUUAUCGUACAGCAAUGAAGUUAUAGAAACCCUGCUGGAGUCAAAAGCAGUGGUUCAGAAUGAAGUCUUCUGAUUGGCUGAAAGAAAAAUAAUUAACAAGAGAAAGGAAAAGACAAAAACUGAUCAUUUUUACCUGAUCACUAGUUUUGAUUUUAAAGGACUGAUCAUUAAACAUUUAGAUUUCAGCUGAAGAUAAGUUCAUAUUUCCAUUUUUAAAUGUAUUUUUAAAUUAUUUAUGAACAAUUUCUGUAUACGGAGUGUUUUUACACAAAUAUGAAGCUGAUUCUUCUAACAUCUUUGUGUUUUAUGACUCUACAGUAACUCUACAGUAACACUACAGUAACUCUACAGUAACUACAGUAACUCUACAGUAACUACAGUAACACUACAGUAACUCUACAAAACUCUAAUAAGGUAACUCUACAGUAACUCUACAGUAACUCUACAGAACUCUAUAGUAAGACUACAGUAA